UGACCUGCAGCCAAGCUUGGCAUUUAACAGACAGGACAGAAGAGUGUACCCUCCGUUGUUUCUUUGAAAUAAGUCAAUGUUUUGGACACUCUGGUGCGCUUUUUUUGGGUUUGUGCCGCUUUCCCCGCUUGCAUACAGAGCAUCCGACAUUCUGAACUUUCCACGCAUGUAUUUUUUUUUAACCCUUCAUUAACCGUCGACGGGAUGUUGUGCUCGUCGACGGAUUUACGUCAUCGAUGACGUCGACUAUGUCGACUAGUCGGGACAGCUCUAGAACACACACUGGAGAGAAGCCUUUUGCCUGCUCAUGUUGCGAUAAAAGAUUCUCUCUGAAGAUAGAUUUACGCAUACACACAAGAACACACACCGGGGAGAAACGUUUCGCUUGCGCAGUUUGCAAUCAAGCGUUUUCCCGGAAGCAUCACUUAAAACUACACAUGAGUACACAUACUGGAGACAAGCCUUUUCCCUGCUCAGUUUGUAGUAAAAGAUUCACCACGAAGGUAAAAUUAAACUACCACACAAGAACACACACCGGGGAGAAUCCUUUCGCUUGCGCAGUUUGUGGUAAAAGAUUUUCUCAGAGUCAUCAGUUGAAAAUACACACAAGAAGUCACACUGGAGAAAAGACUUUUGCUUGCUCACUUUGCGAUGCAAAAUUUUCUGAUGAAGGCAGUUUAAAGAAACACAAAAGGACUCACACUGGAGAAAAGCCUUUUGUCUGCUCGUUUUGUGGAAAAAGAUUUUCUUGGAGUGAACACUUAACCAGACACACAAGAAGACAUACUGGAGAAAAGCCUUUUCAAUGCUCAGUGUGUGGAAAAAGUUUCAUGAGUAAGAUUGAUUUAACGCGGCACACAAGAACACACACUGGAGAGAAGCCUUUUCCGUGCUCACUUUGUGAUAAAAGAUUUUCUACCAACCGACAGGUAACAACACACACUCGUACACACACUGGAGAAAAGCCUUUUGCCUGCUCACUUUGCGAUAAAAGAUUUUCUCGGAAGCAGCACAUAAAAAAACAUGUGUACACAUACUGGAGAAAAGCCUUUCGCCUGCUUAGUUUGUCAUAAAAGAUUCACCACAAAGGUAUAUUUAAGCGAUCAUGGAAGAAUACACACCGGUGAGAAACCUUUCGCUUGCGCGGUUUGCGGUAAGAGAUUUUCUUGGAGUCAACAGUUAAAAACACACACAGGAAGCCACAAUGGGGAAAAACCUUACAA